CCGAGUUGGCAGCUGAAGGAGAGUGCUCGGAGCCCAGCUCUCUAUCCAAGGACCGACCUCACCCAAGUUCUCUAGGGGCAGUUACUUAGGCGAGGCCAUCGGAAGAAGGCAGUGAUGGGUGCUCGCACCUCCACGACGUCCCGCAGCUCAGUGUCCGCAGUGGACACAGUCACUGUCAGUGUGGCACGGGGGCAGCCAGUGCCGGCCACGACACCCAGCUGUGUCCUGAACUACAGCACAGAGAAGACGGUGUUGAGGGCCCUGGGAGAGAGCGGGCAAGGGAUGGCCGAGCAGGAGGAAGUCCCCACAGUCACAGGGAGGAACGAAGACCAGAGAAGCGGCCCCGAUGACACCGGGGACGCACGAUCUGCAUUUAGGCCCCUGGGGGGCUCUUUCUUCGUGCCCAGGCCUGGACCUCUGCAGAGAGACCUCCACACCAAGAGGGCAGAAGACAGAUCCACCAGGAGACCGCAGACCACUUGUAUGAGCUCCUGCCCCCAAAGAAACGCCAUCACGAACUCAUAUAUCUCCACCCGAGGUUUCCUACCAGUGAAGAGAAGGAGGAGUCCCGCCAUACCGGAAGGGCUGCUCCAAAAGUCUGCAAAGAAAGGGAGCAAGGAGGGCCCUCCAUCGCCCUCUGCAGCUCCGGUGGUUUCCCAGAGGAAAAGCCAGCCUGACAAAGAUGCAGAGGCAACAAGAGGGCAGAAAGGGCCCUGGAGGAACGGCUCCUGCACAUCUGACAGUCCCAGGCCCCGAAAACGCAGGAUUCCUCUGCUGCCGCACCGGCAAGGGGAGCCUCUGAGGCUGCCCCCAGGCCCUGAGCUGGGUUUCCCUGUCGCCACUGAAGACCUAGACUCCGAGAAGGAAGCAGCGUUCUGGCGCAUCAACAGUGAGCUGCAGGGUGAGACCUAG